AGUUGCGGUUUUUACCGAAGAAGACUCGUUCAGGAUCGAGGUUACUUCGCGUCAGAGCGCAGACGGAGCCGAACCUCGCCGAGUUUUCAUUUAAUUUAGUCUUUAACCGACGAAAACUCGUUAAAACUACCGGUAGUCUUAAAUAGCGGAAACAUUUCUCUGCUCAGAAGCCGUUAAAACCGUCGAUAACCGGAACGGAGACUCCCGGGACAUGAAACUGCUUUAGUGAAGACCAGCUACUUCGGUGAUGGAGUCGCUCUGAGGGUGGCAGCGUAAAGAAGGCCGCACAGAUGUUUUCACUCGGACAGGAAAACAUCUCCACCUCCCCAGCCUCCACCAAAGGACCAGUCAAAUAUGGAGAGCUCAUUGUGCUGGGGUGCAACGGCUCUCUGCCCAACGGCGACAAGGGCCGGCGGAAAAGUCGCUUCGCUCUGUGCCGCAAAAACAAAGCCAACGGCGUGAAGCCCAGCACCGUCCACAUGACCUGCACGCCUCAGGCCGCCAAGGCCAUCAGCAGCAAGGAGCAGCACAGUAUCUCAUACACUCUGUCCCGGGCUCAGACGGUGGUGGUGGAGUACACCCACGACAUUAGCACCGACAUGUUCCAGAUCGGACGUUCGACAGAGAAUCCCAUCGACUUUGUGGUGACGGACACGGUGCCCGGCGGUCAGAACCACGCCGACAGUCAGACCAUUCAGAGCACGAUCUCCCGCUUCGCCUGCCGCAUCAUCUGCCAAAGAGACCCGCCGUACUCUGCGCGGAUCUACGCCGCGGGCUUCGACUCCUCCAAGAACAUCUUCCUCGGGGAGAAGGCGGCCAAGUGGAGGAUGCAGGAAGGCCAGAUGGACGGACUGACCACCAACGGCGUUCUGGUGAUGCACCCGCGCCACGGCUUCAGCCAGGACUCCAAGCCCGGCCUGUGGAGGGAGAUCUCGGUCUGCGGCAACGUCUUCAUGCUGCGGGAGACCAGAUCGGCUCAGCAGAGGGGCAAGAUGGUGGCGUCCGAGUCUAACGAGCUUGUUGACGGCUCGCUCAUCGACCUGUGCGGCGCCACCCUGCUGUGGCGGACGGCCGAGGGCCUGGCGCACACGCCCACCGUCAAACACCUGGAGGCGCUGCGGCAGGAGCUGAACGCCGGGCGGCCGCAGUGUCCCGUGGGCUUCAACACGCUCGCCUUCCCCAGCCUGCACCGCAAAGACGUGGAUGAGAAGCAGCCGUGGGCGUACCUGCGUUGCGGCCACGUGCACGGCUACCACAGCUGGGGCGGGCGUCGCGAGCCCGAGGCGGAGGCGGAGCGUCAGGAGCGGGAGUGCCCCAUGUGCCGGGCGCAGGGCCCCUACGUGCCGCUGUGGCUGGGCUGCGAGGCGGGCUUCUACGUGGACGCGGAGCCGCCCACCCACGCCUUCGUCCCCUGCGGCCACGUCUGCUCUGAGAAGACGACAGCGUACUGGAGUCAGAUCCUGCUGCCGCACGGCACGCACGCCUUCCACGCCGCCUGCCCGUUCUGCAUCCAGCCGCUGGGCGGAGACACCGGCUGCGUCAGACUCAUCUUCCAAAGCCCGCUGGACUAGAAACCUCGAGCCUUAACCAACAGACGUCUGGACGUGUCCUGAGUUCUGGGAUCAGAACUUAAUUUUGACAUUAAAAUGAAUUAAACUCAACUGUGAUGAAUAUAAGAGCAUUUACUGGGAUGAUCUCUGCUCCUGUUUUUAAUAUCACGUAUGAUCGAGGCUGUUUCUCUCCUCUGGACGCAGCUGCAGAAAACCUGUGAUAAUGUUCGAUUUGCCUUAAACUUUCUUAUUUAUUCUUUCACCUCUCGUCUUGUUUUUGUGAAUCAGUGCAGAAUUUAACAGCAGCUGCAGUCAAACACUAAACAUGAUCAUCCUGUUGGAACAUGAAAAUAUUCAACUCCAGAAAGAGUUAUUGGUUCUGAUCUAUGUCUUUGUUCUAUGAAAUCAAGUGACCUUCCUCUGUAGUGUUGACAGAAUAAUUUUAUUUUAAUGAACUUAACAAGUUUUAUCAUAAUUUAACUAAAAAUUGUUUGGGAAACUUCUGAAGCUGCCGCUCUUGUGACUUGAAACAUCUAGAAUGAAUAUUUGUAUUUUUAUUUUCAGUAAAAUGAACUGUAAACCAGCAUUAGUUUUUUAUCUAUGUAAGGACUUUUAAACACUGUAGGUGAUGCAUCGUCUCCCAAAGUGCUCUUAAAGGAAUAUUCACCCUAAAAAAAAAGUAAAAUACUGAAUAUGCAACUGCUGAAAUACCAACAGCUCCUGAUGAGGAUUUCGGACUUUUCCUCUAGCGCCACCGUGAGGCCAAAGCUCCCACUUGGAAAUCAGACAUUCAGGAAUUUAUCUGGGAGUUUCCUCCACACCUCCGUCUUCUCCGUCUUGUUUUAAAAAUACCAAAAUGACUCGACCGGAGCAGACUGUGUUUCAGACGCUGACAUGAGGCGACAGCAGUGAACUCUGUGUCGAUCAGUGAAGUAUUUGAUGGUGAACUCUCCUUCAGUCAAACCAGUAAAACCUCAGCUGCGCCUGUUGUUUGUUAUUUCUCUGUGUCAGCUUAAUACUGACUGUUUUUGUACCAACUGCGAAUAAUAAAAUCUCUCAGCUGAGA